CCCUGGCCAUCUGAAUCUUAGCUCCCCCCCCCCCCACUCUGGCUGUUCCACACCCGCGCUUUUCACGCGUCCAUCUCCAGGACCCUGACGACGUCUCUCAACUCCAAAUACAUGCCAGCCGACGGACCAUCCACCCUGGCCCAAUUCGGAUGCAAGCCAACUGCUCACCGCAAGAUCAAAUACCUGCUGGUACUCUGUUUCGCGGGGACCAGUCAGUCGGUUCAUACCUUUCCCGUGUGCCACGCCGCUUUGCAACACGCUAGCGGGAGAGCCGCCAGGCACCACAAGCCAUCGGUUACUACUUGGAUCGCUGCACAUCAUCCCGAACCACGUUACCUCCUGUACGGCGCAGCCGAAUCCACAAGCCAUGGGUAAACCCAAAAGCGGUAACGCUGCGAAGACGAAAGUCGCGGCUGGCACCAGUAACAGCAGUAACACAAAAUCAGCCACGCCCUCGACCCCCGGUGCACCACCCGCUUGGCCCCAGUUCAAGCCAUCACUGCCAGUUACCGACCUGGUUCCCGAUAAGCUCGGCUCUUGCCCUGAUAAGGUUGUCCUGAUCCGCAACUUCUGGCCAAAGUCCCUUUGCGCUUCCUAUGUCACCUUCCUCAGGGGCCUGCCACUCACCACUACCCCCGGGCGGCCCAAGCGGGGAGACGCCGUGAGGGUAAACGACCGUUUUCAAGUGCAGGAUGCUGCGUUUGCCCAGCGCCUUUGGGACAAGACUGGGCUGCGCGAAUCACUGGGCCAAGAAGAUGUUCAGGGUUUAUGGGGCGGUGAAGUAGUUGGUUUGAACCCCAAUAUCCGCAUAUAUCGCUACUCCAAGGGCCAGUAUUUUGAUGCACAUUAUGAUGACUCCAACAACGUCUCGCUGACACCCGACCCGUCGGCUGGGCCUGUCACGUGUAAGACAACCUGGACGCUGCUACUUUAUCUCACCUCCUCCGUUGAGGGCUGUGUAGGCGGCGAGACCGUCUUUUUCCCCAACGACCGCCGUUCCGCCAAGGAAGAGAUCCCGGUCGCCCUCGAGACGGGAAUGCUUCUUCUUCACAAGCACGGCGACGACUGCAUGCUGCACGAGGGUCGCGAGGUCACCGCUGGCGAGAAGUGGGUGCUAAGGACGGAUCUGUGCGUCAGGAAGUGAAGGGCUUCGGCGACCUACGCCAGGCAUCACGCAACCACGGGUGACCUUUCCCCGUUGCCUGUUCCGCCUUCUGCCCGCUCAGACGUGGAGAGCGAUUGCGACACAAUGAUUCCCGAUUUCCUAUCCGCUGCUCUGGUACAGCACCCGGUCCCCCUUGGAGCACGACAUCGGUCUGUUUUUUUCCCGGGCUGCCCGUUUGUUUGAUCGACAAUAAUCGACAGGAACUGAAAAGAGGCUGGAGGAUUUGGAAGACGGGUUCUAGAAGAGGGAAAUGAGUUUCAGGUCGAGCUUCUCCAACCCCCCGUCCGCAAUGCAAACCAUCAAAACAAAACAAGGGCUCAACGAAACGUUCCCCAUCGCGUGCGUGCAAAGCAACAGACAAUCGCACGAGUG